UUUCGCUCCAGCUGUCGAACAGUGACAACUUUAACAACAGUAAGUGUUGCGACUGUUAUGUUAGAUUGUAUGUCAUACUAACAAAUGUAAAUCGUGGAGAUAAAUGAGCUGAGCGGCUAAUAACUGCAGUAAUGGACCGCAAAAAAACUACUUGGAUAAAAGAGGAAACGAAUGAGAUACCAAGUUCACCAGGCUCCAUUGUUCAAGUAUGCCCCUCCAGUGUGAAAAUAAAGGAAGAAUCGCAGGAGACUGGGAAUCAAGAGUAUCUGGAAGACCCAUUUGUAGCUUCAGAGUUCACUGAUUCUAUCAAGGAGGAUCCAGUACUAAGUUUCGGAGCAGAAGAAACUGAGAAUUUUAUGUUCAGCAGUUCUGAAUAUGAUCCUCUGGGAGUUAAGACAGAGGAGGGCUCAACAUUUGAGAAUGACGAUCUUGGUGAGUGUGAUCCAUUGUGGAUAACAGAUGAUAAGGAGGUAGUCUCAAAAAGAUGUGCACCACACAGUACACGGUUGAUUAAAAUCACUGGCAAACCAGAUACAAUUGCAUUUGAAGAAACAUACCUGCAAGGAGCAACUGGUGGUGAACUUGACAUCACUCCAGAGAAUUCAGCAGAUUUCAUAGGAAGUAUAACGCCAAGACAAGUGUUUUUCUCUCAUAAGGAAAGCACAUUGUGCACUAGACAUAAUUACAACUCAGAGAAAAAUGAUUUCUCCUGUAGUUCAUGCAAGCAGACAUUUUCAUCAAAAUACUGUCUCAUAAUGCACGUUUUCAUUCACAUUGAUGGUGUAAAACCACCUGAGCAUAUCUGCACAUGUUGUGGUGAAGUAUUUAUCUCUCAUGACAGUCUCAGGAAUCAUGCCGCUACACAGACAGUGAAACAUCAAGAGAAAUGUAGACCACACACCUGUGGGAAAUUUUCUGCUGAGAUUGCUCAUCUCAAAGGACAGGCUGAGAGUGUAUACAAAAGUUAUUUUUGUGGGAAAGGCUUCAGUGGUUCUUCUAUUCUCAAGAAGUGUCAGCUAACUGGUGAGUGGUCACACAAGUAUGGGAAAUCGUUUACUGUGGCUGAUAGUGUCCAAAAGCAAUCAUUGAUUCACCUUGGUGAAAAGCGACAUAAAUGUGAUGUCUGUGGGAAAUUCUUCACUUAUUCUAGCAGGCUCAAGAAUCAUGCGCUCAUUCAUACUGGUGAAAAGUCACAUAAAUGUGAUAGCUGUGGGAAAUCCUUUAGUCAUCGUAGUGGUCUCAAAAGUCAUGAAAUAAUUCACACUGGUGAAAGUUCACAUAAAUGUUUUGUCUGUGGGAAAUGCUUUACUUAUUCUAGCAUUCUCAAAAACCAUGCACUCAUUCAUACUGGUCAGAGGUCACAUAAAUGUGAUGUCUGUGGGAAAUCUUUCACUCAAGGUCAAGGUCUCAAACGUCAUAUUAUAAUUCACACUAGUGCGAGGACACAUAAAUGUGACGUUUGUGGGAAAUCCUUUAUUCGUCGUCGUAAACUCAAAAAUCACCUGAUAAUUCAUACUGGUGAAAGUCCACAUAUGUGUGGUGUCUGUGGGAAAUCGUUUACUACUUCUGAUAGUCUUAAAUACCAUGCAACAAUUCAUAGUAGUGAAAGGUCACAUAAAUGUGGUGUCUGUGGGAAAUGCUAUGCUCAUCCUGGUAUGCUAAAACGUCAUGCAAUUCUUCAUGCAGGUGAAAGGUCACAUAAAUGUGGUGUCUGUGGUAAAUGCUUUGCUUAUCCUAGUCAACUAAAAUAUCACGCAAUAACUCACACUGGUGAGGGAUCACAUAAAUGUCAUAUUUGUGGGAAAUCCUUUAUUUCUCCUAGUAAACUAAAAUAUCACGCAAUAAUUCACACUGGUGAGAGAUCACAUAAAUGUCAGAUUUGUGGGAAAUCAUUUACUUAUCUCCGUAGUCUCAAUGUUCACUCGAUAAUUCAUACUGGUGAAAGGCCACAUAAAUGUGAUAUCUGUGGGAAAUCCUUCACUGACUCUAGUAAUCUCAAACGCCACACAACAAUUCAUACUGGUGUAAGAUCACAUAAAAGUGAUGUCUGUGGGAAAUCGUAAACUGAGUCUGGUAGUUUUAAGAAACGAAUUAAUUCACAUUGGUUGUCAUUGAGAAGUUGGAAAAAUUUGUAGUAGCUCACACACUAGACAAAACAAUUAGUCUGUUGUUUGCAUGCUUGAAUCGUCACAAUAGUCAAAACAUAAUACAUGUUGGAAAAGAGCUGUGGAUCUGAGGUUAUUAGCUGCAGUGACAACUUAUUUAGCGAACAUUAGGCAAAUAGAUCAAUUGGUAUGUUAGAUAUACUAAAUAAUUUUAGUGUUCAUAGUAAAACCAUUAUUGAGGCUAGUAUUUUGUUCAGAAAUGAUAUUCUGCAUGGUGGAAGGACGAGCAGAGAUGAGACCAU